UGCACGUUGGUAGUCUGUACAGGACAACCUGUAAUGGAAAUUAUUCAUUCACAACUUCUUCUUCUUCUUUAUCUUCUUUAUCUUCCCGGGCAUCUCCGAUGUCGUGCUGCGCCAACUAGGUAACCCUCGCAUUGUGCCCCUCCGAGCUGCCUAUACCGCACUAAUAGGUAAAUGAAUUUCUGCCAGCAUGGAAUUACUCCGCUUUACUUCUACCCCUAGUUGAUUGGGCCCACCUUGUGACUAUCUGAUCAACCAUGCUGCACAUGACCAAUCCGAGUCAAGUGGACAGCCAUAUGUCCCUGGCUUCAAAGGUACCUUCCUAUUCUUCGUCUAAUGUAGCAUUCAUGCCAUGGCCCUUAGUACCUCCAGACGCACACCUUCGGGGACCCCGCAACAUCCUGGCUCUGUAUAGCCUGUCUUUGGCUCUUAUCGUCCAACCCCCAGCAAUGCAAGCCGUCUAGUUCAAG